AUGACUUCGAAUGAAAUCACGAUCUGGCUAUUUCAGGUGAUAGUUCAGCUGAUGCAGUACCACAACAAGACUUAUCUUUUGAACAUUCCAAACUGGGACUGGCGUCGCGGCGACGAUGCGAUCUGCGUGGCCGAGUUGAAGCUCGGCUUUCUGGCUCAGAAUUGUCUAGCACCGGGCUUUUCAACGCUGCUGGCGAACCUCUUCACAAUGCGGACCUACCGCAAGUCGGAGUACCAGGGCGUCAAUUGGCUCAACGACUACAUGGAGGGCGCCGGCAUGGAGAUGUACACGGAGCAGUUUUCGCCGUCCUUCGAGAAAAUGAACUUCACUGAAGCCGCCGAGCUCUGCUUCAGUCGUCUCAGACUGCUGCUGAUCGCAAUCCAAUACAAAGGCGGCAUGGAGAUGCAUAUUGCUAUCAACCCAAGUGUAAGCGUUUCUUAGCCAACCCUGCCUGUGGUUGUCAGUUCCACACCGAAAUAUUUCUCCCACAUUACCGGACGAGGUUCGUCUUGCUCCAAUCACAUGGACCUUGGGUGGUUGGCUCAUGGCGGUGGUGUCGGUGGCGAAAACCACCUGAGUUGGCACGGCAGCACCUUCCACCACUUCGCCUCCCUCUGCAGCGAGAGUCACAAACCGUCUGGGGAACAGACUGCCAAUAUUUUUUGUCGAUUAGACGCCACAGGAAUGUUUCAUUGGUGUCCCGAGAGGAGCAUCAAAUCGUGCAUUCUAGACGAGGAAAAGCCAGCUUCGUCGAUGAAAUUCAACGACCACAUUGUUGUCUGCAUUUUCGCUGACUAUCGAAGUCCCAUUAUUGGACUAAGGAGUUUCAUAAUGCCACUGCGAGCAAGUAACCUACACCUACACGACCUGAAGACGGUGGUGUUGAUCGGGAACAUAGAGUACAUAAAACGAGAAUGGAAGACGCUGGCAAAUUUCCCCAAACUUUGGAUUCUUCCUGGGUCUCCACUUAGCAAAGCAAAUCUGCGAUCUGUGAAUGUUAAUCUUGCUUCAAUGUGCGUAAUUCUCUCCUCCAAGAGUGAUAACACAAUUGAUGAUCUCACACUAGCUGACAAGGAGGCCAUCCUGUGCUCACUCAAUGUAAAGGCCAUGGAUUUCUCCGACAUGGACGGUUCAUUCGUUGAGCAGACUUGCCUUCCCACCAAGCCUGCGAGUCUUCGACGAGACGACAACGUCAGCUCCUUAAAACGAGCACCUCGAAACAGAGCGGGCAAUCCACUGGUCAGCAAAAGCAAUCUCCACGGUGGGUCAACCGCUGCAGUAGGGCCGGACGCUCCUGCUGUCUUCUACCGUCCACCGAGAUUUAUUUCUCGAAACGGGUCAACCAUACCGAUGGCCACCGAACUGGCUUUUGACAUGAAUGUUCAGUUUCUGGACCAGGAAGAUGAAGAUGAGGGUGGCGAACUCUUUAUGACCCAGCCGUUUGCCUGUGGAACAGCCUUCACCAUCAGCGUUCUGGACUCCCUGAUGAGCACGGCCUACUUCAACGAAUCCGCCCUGACGCUGAUUCGUUCCCUGGUUACCGGGGGCUCGACUCCACUGUUGGAGAAGAUCCUAGCAGAGGGAGCUGGAAUGCUCGGCGGCAACCCGGCGUCAAAUAGCGCUGCGUGCCGCGAGCGAUGCCGACUGGCUCAACUCACGCUAAGUGGAAGCACGCUGGGUAAAUUCGCUGUUCAGGGAACGCCCUUCGAAAAGCUAUUUCUUGCCGCUCUGCGGGACUAUGGGAUUAUGAUAAUCGGGAUCUACAGGUUGUUGAGAUGGCGUGAUCUGAGUGAGGGCUCACCAGGCUCCUACAGACGUUUUGUGAUAACAAACCCACCCCCCAGUCUGCCCCUGCACCCCACCGAUUGGAUAUUUUCCGCCCUGCGACCCAGGUGCAUGCAUCCAAAAAUGGAAGAACCUGUCGAAGGAAGUGCUGUUUAUUCCCCAGAGAAACAGAGCUGUGCCGAAAAUGUUCAAUUUUCCGAAAUUGGUGGCAAAUCACCGAAAGCUCAGAACUUAUCCCCUCAAUCGUCUAAACAUUCUGAUUCCACCCCAGCGCGUAGCAGUACCACAGAAACUCAUGAGCCUUCUCCACCGGCUCCUUCCAUUCCUGUGUCUCCAAGUGCAAAAAGCAAUGUAGGGAAGUACAAACUGGUGCGCACAAUCGGAAAAGGAAACUUCGCCAAAGUUAAGCUUGCUAUUCACAUGGCGACUGGUGUUGAAGUUGCAAUUAAAAUAAUCACGAAAAAAGGAAUGGACUGGGCUGCAAACGAUCGCCUUCGACGCGAGGUCAAUAUACUUCAGAUGCUUAAUCACCCCAAUAUUGUCCGGCUGCUCGAAAUUAUAGAAAAUGAAGAAGUGAUUUGUUUGGUGCAGGAGUAUGCCAACGGUGGCGAGAUCUUUGAUUAUCUUGUUGCUCACGGCAAGAUGCGUGAAAAGGAAGCCAGAAGCAAAUUCAGACAGCUGGUCUCUGCCCUUGAUUAUUGUCACUCCAAGAACAUUGUUCACAGGGACCUUAAGGCAGAGAAUAUCCUCCUUGAUGCACAGCUUAAUGUAAAAGUUGCGGAUUUUGGGUUGGCAAACAUUUUUAAACCAGAUCAAAAACUGUCUACUUUCUGUGGCAGUCCGCCGUACGCUGCGCCUGAAUUGUUUUUGGGUAUUCGCUACCACGGUCCUGGUGUUGAUAUCUGGUCUAUGGGAGUGCUUUUAUUUACUUUGGUUGUGGGUCAUCUGCCAUUCGAUGCGACUGACCUCAGAGAGUUGCGAACAAAGAUCCUCACCGUGCGCUACAACCUCGGCAGGGGUGAGGUCUCCAGCGAACUGCAGGCUCUGCUCAAGAAAAUGCUAGUGCUUGAUCCUCGUGAUCGUUACUCGCUGCGGGCAAUAAUGAACGAUCGAUGGCUGAACAUGGGCUAUGACACGGUAAUGACACCCUAUCAAGAGCCAUCGCAUGUGCAGCUCAAUGAGGCCUACGUAGAACAGAUGGUUCGUCUCGGUUUCACGGAAGUGGAUCUUAUGAAUUCUGUGGUAAAGCCUGGAUUUGACCACGUGUACGCAACAUACGCACUCAUGCCGGAAAUGCUGAAGAAACAGUCUAUUAACAUUCCAUCGAUAGAAACGCCGUCCAAGACAGCAUCAGGCGGUUCAGGCGGUCCCACGGGCAAAGCCGUGGGUCGUUUCACCGUCGAACCGGCGAAAGCGCACGCGGACAACCCUCGUCGACAGUCGGGCGGCCGCUCCCACCACCUCCACCAUCAGGGGGGUGCUCCGACAGCUGGCGCCCCCAUCUCCUCCAACUACUCAGCCACCAGCUCCCUUCCCGCGGCUCUCAAACGCGCCCUCGUCAGCAUGGGUCGUUCGCUCACCGGACAGACCAGUGCUGGGUCCUCCUCCACCACGUAUUCUGGCGCUGCUGCCACCUCCGGAGAACAGUCCAGCGAACCCGGCAUGCCAGGCGAGUUAGAGGUCUUCUUUCCACCCAGCAAACGUCCUAUCUGCAAAUUGCACUAUCUCAAAACCGUUGCGGUGACUCCGGCACCAGUGCCUUUGGGUUCGCGUCAGAAGCGCAUAAUUCCGGGCGCGACGGUGGCUUCGCCAGUCGUGAACCCCACCAACACGGCCACCGGGAACCCCACGCGUCCUGCUGCCGCCGCCGCUGCUAUCAACGUCCGUCCCACCACCGCCGCCGCCGCAACGAAGACUACAACCACCACCACCAACCCCGGCGCUGCUCAACCUGCGGUGGGUGCCGAAUUGCCCGGGGUGUCGGUCAACCCUGUGAUCAGCCAAAUGCCCUCAGCCUCCUCACACCAGACCCACGCCUCGUCCUCCUCCGAUCGACACACUGCUGAACGACACACAGCCACUUCGCAGGAGGAUAGCACGCUGACUCCGGACAAGAGCGCUCAGGAAUCGCUAGUGGUGCGGACGGCCGCCCUCGUCGUGGACGAGGUCGUGGAGGGUGUGAAGGACGAACUGAAGGAAUCGCCGUUGCAGGCUCGCGCCGCAGAGGUGGUUGUCGUCGAGGGUAAAAAUCCCGCCUCCAGCCAGCUGGCCGUCAAUCCUCCCACCCCGGCAGCUGCUGAAGGUCGUCAUUCUGCCGAUUCUCAACGCCACCAUCAUUUGUCACAGACGUCGUCCCACCAGUCGACAUGGACGCGGAAUUUCCUUCGUGUCAUUGGCAGUUUACUUCAGGGCACAAGUGCUUCCUAUCCGUUUAGUCCUUCGAAGCAGGCUUCAAAGCCGACUCAGUUGAUAGGCGGGAGCAAGCGACAGGUUCAUUCGAAGCCUCGCGAAGUCAAGAGUCCGUGGGGCGUGCACGUGACGUCCAACAAGACAGCUGCGGAGCUGAUGGGUGAGAUGAAGCGCGCCUUGGAGACCGUCAAGGGUUGUCGAUGGGAGGCGGACAACCAGUGGAUGUACCUCCUCCACUGUGGUUGGUCCGAGGUCCUCUCAGAGGACGGCGGUAGUGCUGAGACUCCUUCCGCCUCAACCGCAGUGGCCUCAGAGCUGCUUCAGUGGGAGAUGGAAGUGUGCUCAAUCCCUCGCCUCCAUCAACGCGCUGUCUGUCUGAAACGCAUCCGUGGCUCCGCCAUACAGUUCCAGAAGGUCGCCACCCAGGUCAUGGCCGUGAUGACCCCCUGA